AUGGCCUCGGACAGCAUGGCCGAAGUAGAACAGGUGGUUGGCCUAAUACGAGUAAACGUAGACAAAGUGCUGGAACGAGACCAGAACCUGUCAGAGCUAGAUGACCGGGCAGAUGCACUUCAGGCUGGUGCCUCAGUGUUUGAAAGUAGUGCAGCAAAACUCAAAAGGAAGUACUGGUGGAAGAAUUGCAAGAUGAUGAUCAUGAUGGGAGUGGUUUGUGCCAUUGUGGUGGUGGUGAUUGUAAGUAAGUACCAAAAAACAGGAUUGGAGGUGAGGGAGCCCUAACUCUAGAAUACUCUCAAGUUUCCUUUCUAGUUUAACAUCUGGAGGGGCUUGUUCGCAUAAGUGGUAACUUCCAGCGGCACCAUCUCCCUUUCUCAAGAAGGGAACUCCCAUACUUCCUGGGGAAAUGGUAUGUUUUACAUAAUAGUAAAUUGAAUUGGGGGAUCAUCCCUGUAGAAAGGGGAACUUCUGCCUGCCAGGUCAGAUGAGCUUCUGAGUGUGAGGGGCAGCUAUCCUGGAGGGGUGGGUUGGUGAGUCCCUUCCUUGGUGGGGGCUUUGGAGCUCUCUAGGUAACUGAGGGACCCUUGGUGUAACUUGCCCUUUUGUUCUCUCCUUUCUUUUUUCCUAUUGCUUUGUCUCCAGUCUACUUUUUUACUUGAAUGUAACCCCUUCAGUCUGCCACCUGUUGUCCCCUGUCACCUUACCUGUCUCUUCUUCCCCCUAAAUCUUUCCUUCCUUUCCUUCCACCUAGCUUAUUCAUUGAUUACUGGUUUUGAUUUGUCUUCUGGAUAAGAUUCUGAAAUGUUCUCCUGAACGUAGGUUAGACUCUUCAACAGCUACUGCAGCUCUAAGAAGGAUCCUCUGAACUUAGAGGAAAGGGGAGUGGAAGAGGAGUGGGUAGCUAUUAAUCCCGCUCUUCUGUAGGGAAUAUGUGGUUUAUGUUGGCUGUGAGCUUGUCAAAUAGUGCCUCUGUGACUCUGGCAAUAUAAGAACACCUUAAUGCAGUUAAGUUGGGGGAUGAAGGUCUUGAGCAUAUGAGGUUCUUUAGCAUUCUGCCUAAUAAGUGUGGCAGCAUGACUUAAGCUUUUCACUUAGCUUCUGAAAUAAAAACUAGCUUGUCUUGGUCAAUGAGCGUGGUCCAUCUGACUUGAACAUAAAUCAUUUAGACCUCUCUUGCCAUGGAGAGGUAAGCACUUCUAGAAGUGAUUUAACCUGCCUCCUCUUAGGUUAAGGUGACUUGAGCUCUAAAAAGGCUGUCUCCCUGAUUAUAAAGGGGAGCCUGUGUGAUUACUUCUGUCAGUUAUAACAGAUUAAAUGCAAAAUAGAGAGUAACAGAACUUAUUUCAGUUAAAAGGCAUGUGUAGGAGUAAGAAAAUCUGCCAGAAGGAAUAAAAGGACAAGAGUGAGGAAUACGGUGGGGGAGAAGGUCAAAAACACUCCUUUCCUCUAUGUAGACACAAGCCAGGCUUCUGUGGCUUUAAGUAUCUUUUAGCUUUCUGGCAAAGUCUGCGAAGGGCAGAACAGGAGGAGGAGCUUUGGUUUUUGUGUUGCUGUAUUGAAUGUGAAAGAGUUCCCUAUGUGACGGGUAGAGGUGAAGGAGGCUAGAGAUAUUUUGGAUGAGACUGAACAAGCCACACAGCUUUCUGAUUGAGAU